GGGUAGGGCAGCAGUCGCCUUCUGGCUUCGGUUUUUGGGUGGCUCCCGGGGCUCCUUCGGAAGGCCCAGCUCUACAGGACAGCAAAGGUACAGAGGACCCCCUCCUGAGAAGAAAUGAAUGCUAGAACAAGACACAGCUGACCGGGGACCUUUCAGAGGAGCUGGAAAACAGCGGCCAGAGACUGAUUCAGAAGCAUCUCCUGAUUGUCCGACCUGGUGGGACCAGACUUGGUGAGGUCAGAAGACUCAGAAGAGCAGGGAAGGGCUGUGACCAUGGAAGCCUGGGCCCCCGUGCUGGAAGAGAGAGUGACGAGAGGCCGGCUGCAAAGGUGUGGAGAGUGGAGGCGAGAAGAAAAGGUGGCGGCGACCUCGAGGCUCUGGGCAGCCCAGGCCAAGGAAUCAAUCACUUUCAAAGAUGUUUCCAUGGACUUUACUCGAGAAGAGUGGGGACAACUGAAUCCUGCUCAGAAGAACUUGUACAGAGAUGUGAUGCUGGAGAACUACAGGAACUUGGUCUCCUUGGGGCUGCAGGUUUUUAAGCCGGACGUGAUCGCCAGGUUGGAGCGAGCAGAAGCACCAUGGACACUGGAGAACAAGGUUCUCAGACACUCCUGUUCAGAUUGGGAAAUGAAGCCUGAGGCUAAGGAGGCCUUUUCAAAACAGGGCAUGUAUGUGAAAGAGUCUUUACCAGAGAAACUCAAGAGCAAUGAAUCCUGGGAUUGUACAUUGGGACAAGUGUGGAACUAUGAUGGGAGGUUCAAGAAACCACGAGGUAGCCAAGAGAAAGCAUCAAGGGAAGUAACAGUCCUGCCCAAGAAAAUACCCAGUGAGGUGAGAAGCCAGGCAGGUAAUUUGGGGAGGAGUUUUGGACAGAUGUCACUUCUCGUUGCACAACAGAACAUGGCUACAAAAAAGAGUCUCCAUCAGUGUGAUACAGAAGGAAAUGGCUUUAAACAGUAUUCAGAACUAAUUAAAUAUAAUAGACUUUCCCCAGGGCUUAAACCUUAUAAAUAUGAAUACAUUAAAGCUUCCAAUUCCAAUUCACACUUUAUCCAAUAUAAUCGAAUACCUCCCGUAGAGAGAAUCUCUGGUUUUGACGAGUUUGGCAAAACUUUCCAACAAAAGAAGCACCUUAUCCAACCUCAGAUAAAUCAUGCUGGACACAAAGUCUAUAAAUGUGGCGAAUGUGGAAAGUUCUUCAGACAGAGCAUGCACCUGAUUCAGCAUCAGAGAAUUCACACUGGAGAGAAACCCUAUAACUGCAACGAGUGUGGGAAGGCCUUCAGGCAGAAAAUUCACCUGAUUCGACACAAAACACUCCAUAGUGAAGAGAAGCCCUUCAAGUGCAGUCAUUGUGGUAAAUGCUUCAGUGACAGUUCGUCCCUCAACGUGCACCAGAGGAUUCACACGGCAGAGAAGCCCUACCACUGCAACGAGUGCGGCAAGGCCUUCAGCCUGAGCCAGUACCUCAUCCAGCACCAGCAGAUCCACACCACGGAGAAGCGCUACAAAUGCAGCGAGUGUGGCAAGGCCUUCAGCCUGAGCCAGUACCUCAUCCGGCACCAGAAGAUCCACACGGGAGAAAAGCCCUACGAAUGCACCGAGUGCGGGCAGACCUUCACACAGCAGGGCAGCCUGACCCAGCACCAGAGGAGCCACGCUGGGGAGAAGCCCUACAAGUGCAGCGAGUGCGGCAAGGCCUUCGGCCGCAGCCUGUACCUCACUCGGCACCAGAGGAUCCACACGGGCGAGAAGCCCCACAUAUGUGGCGAGUGCGGGAAGUCCUUCAACGACACCGCGGUCCUGGCUUUGCACCAGAGGAUUCACACCGGAGAGAAGCCCUGCAAGUGCAACGUUUGCGGCAAGGCCUUCCGCCACACCAACCAGGUCACCCAGCACCAGAGGAUCCACACCGGGGAGAAGCCUUACAAGUGCAACGAGUGUGGGAAAGCGUUCACCCACUGUGCUGGCCUCACUCACCACCAGAGGAUCCACACCGGCGAAAAACCCUACAAGUGCGACGACUGCGGCAAGGCCUUCAAACAGAAAGUUUACCUCACCCAGCAUCAGAGAACCCACACCGGGGAAAAGCCCUACAAGUGUGACGAAUGUGGGAAGGCCUUCCGCCAGUGCUCAGCCCUGAUUUCUCAUAAAAGGACUCACACUGGAGAGAAACCCUACACAUGUAGAGAAUGUGGAAAGGCCUUCAGUCACAGCUGCAGCCUCACUCUGCAUCAGAGGAUUCACACUGGAGAGAAACCCUACAAAUGUACCGAAUGUGGCAAAGCCUUUAGCCAGAAUAUAUUCCUUACUAGACAUCAGAGAACUCACACUGGGGAAAAACCCUUUAAGUGUAGUGAAUGUGGGAAAGUAUUUAGCCAGAGUAUGUCUCUUACCCGCCAUCAGAAAACACACACUGGGGAGAAACCCUACAAAUGUGAUGAAUGUGGAAAAGGCUUCAUCCAGAAGAUACAGUGUAUUCAGUCAGAAAAUCCAUACCGGAGAGAAACCCUAAAAAUAGAGCUCAUGAAAAAGGCUUCCAGUCAGUGCAGACGCAUAAUCAUUCAACAUCAAGAAUUCACAUCGCAAUAUAAAAAAGUUAUCAAUGUAACGAGUGUUAGAAGGCCUUUAGGUGUAGUUUGUUCCUCAUCACAGCUUUCAAAAUCAAAAUUAACAAUGUUCAAAGCUUUAGUCAGUUUUGUCACUUAUGGAUCAAUGCUCAGAUAUUUAUUAAGCACCCAUUUUGUUUCAUGCACUAGAAAUACAAAUACAAAAAAUAAAGCCAUCCCUGCUUUCCAGAAGCUUACGUGAAAUAAGAUGCAAGAGAACAAUUUGGUACGUGAAACUGAAAAAGAAAAAUAAUCUUCUCUUUCCUGCAAUAUGCUAACUAGUGCCAUCAGGUGGUAGUUGAGUUAUACCCUCUUGAAUAGAAAAUGCAUAGAGCUUAAGUCUAAAAUAAGACCCCUGAAAAACAUGGACCACUUGUAGAGUUAAACCUCGGAUCCUGUUGCCCACGGGAACUGAUACAGAACAUUGACAACAGAUUCAGGUGAACAAAAUACAACGCAACCACCGUGAUAUGCAGGGGGCCACACUUAAAGGUAACUAAACUCAGAUUAAAUACAAUAAACAUUCUUAGUUCUGGACAUAAUACAUACUCCCCUUUUUUUUGAGAGGUGAGAAAUUACAGGUGUGGAAUGUUGCAUGUGUUGUCAAACACAGUCCUGGCUUAACAUUUAUUUUUUUUUCUUUGUUACAAGGGAGGGUUCUGUGAGGGUGGAGGGGUGGGAAAAAGCAAAUAAGGAAAUCAUGGUGCUGUAAAAGGGGCACAAAUAAAGCAAAAUAAAACUUUCUAAAA